AUGCCAGUUGCCUCUCGUCGUGAUGCCGGUCUCCUCUCCACCUCCAAUACAAGUAUAACUUUGAGAAAACAACCAGCAUCACCAGCACUACUCGCAUAUUUACUACUUUUCGAUAUGAGUAGUGAUACUGUAAACGAUGUCUGCAGGUUGGAUGCUGAUUAG